AUGGCGGAAAAGGAUUCCGCUGCCACGCCGGCAGCAGACGCGCCCUUCCAAUAUCACGACGAGAAGGAGAAGAUGGGCCCCUCGGACCACGAACCUGUUCACGGCAAACCCGAGCUAGGAGAACACGACGAGAACGACGAGGACAUUGAUGCCCUCAUCGAGGACCUCGAGAGUGAGGAUGGCCAUAUCGACGAGGAAGAAGAAGACACGACCCCUGGUGGUGCCCGAACCAUCCCGGAAGACCAACUCAUGACUGAUACCCGACUUGGUCUCAGUGAGCAUGAGGUCCAUGUUCGCCGUCGCAAGUAUGGUCUUAACCAAAUGAAAGAGGAGAAGGAGAACCUGAUCCUCAAGUUCUGUAUGUACUUUGUCGGCCCUAUUCAGUUCGUCAUGGAGGCCGCUGCCGUCCUGGCUGCCGGUCUUGAGGAUUGGGUUGACUUCGGUGUCAUUUUGGCUCUGCUUCUCUUGAACGCCGUUGUCGGUUUCGUUCAGGAAUUUCAAGCAGGAAGCAUCGUCGAAGAGUUGAAGAAGACACUCGCUCUCAAGGCAGUUGUCAUUCGUGACGGUCGCGUUCAGGAAAUCGAGGCCCCCCAGGUCGUUCCCGGCGAUAUUCUCCAGAUCGAGGAGGGUACUAUUGUACCUGCUGACGGCCGUAUCGUGACCGAAGAUGCCUUUGUCCAGGUCGAUCAAUCCGCCAUCACGGGUGAAUCCCUCGCCGUCGACCGUCACAAGGGGGACACCCUCUACGCGUCGUCCGCUGUCAAGCGCGGUGAAGCUUUCAUCAUCGUCACGGCUACCGGUGAUUCGACAUUCGUCGGCCGUGCAGCUGCUCUCGUCAGCGCUGCCAACAGUGGCACUGGUCACUUCACAGAGGUCUUGAACGGCAUUGGUACCACUCUCCUGGUUCUCGUUGUCGCGACUCUCCUGGUUGUCUGGGUUGCCAGCUUCUACCGGUCCAAUGACAUUGUGACGAUUCUCCGCUUCACCCUGGCCAUCCUGAUCGUUGGUGUUCCCGUCGGUCUCCCUGCCGUCGUAACCACCACCAUGGCCGUCGGUGCUGCCUACCUGGCCAAGAAGAAGGCUAUUGUGCAGAAGCUAUCCGCCAUCGAGUCGCUGGCUGGUGUUGAGAUCCUCUGCUCCGACAAGACGGGAACCUUGACGAAGAACAAGCUGUCGCUCGCUGAGCCGUACACCGUCGAGGGAGUUGACCCCGAAGAUUUGAUGCUCACUGCCUGUCUUGCUGCCUCCCGCAAGAAGAAGGGCAUGGACGCCAUCGACAAGGCGUUCCUCAAGUCUCUCAAGCACUACGCCCGUGCCAAGAGCGUCCUGAGCAAGUACAAGGUCAUUUCAUUCUAUCCCUUCGAUCCCGUCUCGAAGAAGGUCACGGCUGUCGUUGAGUCCCCGACUGGCGAGCGCAUUACCUGCGUCAAGGGAGCGCCUCUGUUCGUUCUCAAGACGGUUGAGGAAGAUCAUCCGCUGGACGAGGCUGUCGACAUCGCGUACAAGAACAAGGUUGCUGAAUUCGCCACUCGCGGUUUCCGGUCUCUCGGUGUUGCGCGCAAGCGUGACGAGGGUAACUGGGAGAUCCUUGGUAUCAUGCCCUGUUCUGACCCUCCCCGUCACGAUACCGCUCGUACUGUCAAUGAGGCCAAGAAUCUCGGUCUCUCCGUCAAGAUGCUCACUGGUGAUGCUGUUGGAAUUGCUCGUGAGACGUCCCGUCAACUAGGUCUCGGCACCAACAUCUUCAAUGCCGAUCGUCUUGGUCUCGGUGGUGGCGGUGACAUGCCCGGCUCUGAGGUGUAUGACUUUGUUGAGGCCGCCGAUGGAUUCGCCGAAGUCUUCCCCCAGCACAAGUACAACGUCGUCGAGAUUCUGCAGCAGCGUGGCUACCUUGUUGCUAUGACUGGUGACGGUGUCAACGAUGCUCCUAGUCUGAAAAAGGCCGACACGGGUAUUGCCGUCGAGGGUGCCUCCGAUGCCGCGCGCUCAGCUGCUGAUAUUGUCUUCCUGGCCCCUGGUCUCGGAGCCAUCAUUGAUGCUCUGAAAACGUCGCGUCAAAUUUUCCACCGCAUGUACUCCUACGUCGUGUACCGUAUCGCUCUCUCAAUCCAUCUUGAGAUCUACCUUGCUCUCUGGAUUGCGAUUCUGAACCGGUCGCUCAACAUCGAGCUGGUCGUCUUCAUUGCUAUUUUUGCUGAUAUCGCCACCCUGGCCAUCGCCUAUGAUAAUGCCCCCUACAGCCACACGCCCGUCAAGUGGAACCUCCCCAGGCUUUGGGGCAUCUCGAUCAUUCUCGGAAUCGUUCUUGCCAUCGGUACCUGGAUUACGGUUACGACGAUGUACGCGCACGGCCCGGACGGUGGUAUUGUUCAGAACUUCGGCAACAUGGACGAGGUUGUGUUCCUCCAGAUCAGCUUGACGGAGAACUGGCUCAUCUUCGUUACUCGCGCCAACGGACCGUUCUGGUCGUCGAUCCCGUCGUGGCAGCUGGCGGGAGCGAUUUUCAUUGUCGACGUGAUUGCCACGUGCUUCUGUAUUUGGGGUUGGUUCCUGGGCGGCGACCCGACCAGCAUCGUGGCCGUGGUCCGUGUCUGGAUCUUCUCGUUCGGCGUGUUCUGCGUCUGCGCGGGUGUUUACUACAUCCUCCAGGACAACAAGGGCUUCGACAACCUCAUGCACGGCAAAUCGCCCAAGGGGUCGCCGAAGCAGCGGUCACUGGAAGACUUUGUCGUGUCUCUGCAGCGCGUCUCGACGCAGCACGAGAAGUCGCAGUAA